AUAUCGGCUUAUCGGUGGAAAAAAUGACCGAUACCGAUUAUUAUAAAAAUGCUAAAUAUCUAUCUAUCUAUCAGCCCUAAUACGGCUCCCCCGGUCCGACCCAUCUCUCUGGCACUGACGCAACGCAGCACACAGCCCAUCGCGUUUGGAACAGAUGUACUUGCUAUGUGGCCCUUCACGUCUCUUCUGUCUUGCCCAAUCACAACACCCCCCCUCCCACACACACGCACACAGAUUCCCCCCAACACACACCCUCUCUCUUCUCUAACCUACAGUGGGGUAAUUGGCUCCGACAGAGGGCUGAUAUGGCGAGGUGUAAUGUAGUGUCUGAUUCUUUUUUAAGUGUUCUUAAAUGAUUGCUAUUUAUUCGUCAACCCAAGCGUGAGAACUAAUUAACAUGGAAUACUUUUGAACUGCUUCUCUGUUCAGAUGCUGCACUGUCGUUCUGAGAACACAUGCACACACACACACGCACACACACACACACACACACACACACACACACACACACACACACACACCCACUCUCUCUCUCACACACACAUACACACACACACACACACACGCCUGCACUUGGACAAACUUAUGCACACAGAGCAGGUCAGAGCCCUCCGUGUAGUGUGUAAUGGUUCAGCUCUGGCACUGUGAAUGUGAGAAGACAGGCAUAUCCAGGGCAGUGCAGGCCAUCAGCAGGUGUUGGACGCAGGUAAACGCAAAUGUUCCUGCGAUGCGUUUCAUGGCAUCCUAUAGGGCUGCAGUUUUUUCCCGUGUGACAUCAGCUGCUACAUCAUGUAGGUAGACAGGUGGAAUGGAAGCUUGGGCUGCAGCACCCUGAGUUCAUGUAAAACAAGGUCCAUGCCUCACCGUUACUUUUACUUUUCAAACUGAGCUCUUUGUCUGUGCGACACAGUAUACUGUCCAAAUACAGUGUAUGUUUGUUGGUAGUAGUACACACACACACACACACACACACACACACACACACACGUGUCUCCUGCUCCCUUGCUAGUGUCUGUGUGAGUCAGCUGGAGCCAGCGUACAGGUGCACCAUGCAACGCCAGCACUUCCUUAUAAUUAAUGACUCUUUCCUGCCCACACGCACGCACGCACACACACGCACGCACGCACGCACGCACACACUCACACACUCGCCCCUCCACUGCUUCACCCUGAACACCCCACCCUCGCGUGACUGGAGAGAAUACUCAGAUGCCAUCAAUUUCCUCCUGCCUCCUCCACACCAGACUGAGGAGACGGGGAGACGGGGAGGGGGGACUCUCUCACUGGGCUUUGAGCUGCACAAAAGCCUGACCCUGUCUGUGUGUAUGCAUGUGAAUGUGUGUGUGUGUGUGUGUGUGUGUGUGGGUAUGUAGGUGUCUCUCUGACCGUAUGACUUAUUGCAGUGUCAUCACAAGACCACCCUGGACUCCCCUACAGCACACAGGAGGGGGCCGGGCCUGAAUAGCCCAUAACCUUUGACCUCUGAUGGGUAACAGGGAAAGAGGCAGAAUUAGCGUGAUCUUAAACCGCCGUCUAACAUGUUCAUCAAAAGCACAGUAUUAUGCUGUUAUCACUUGUAAUUAUUUGAACACAUUUUCCAUUGUGUGUAUAAUAUGCUUGUAUGACUUUAGAGGCGGUCACGUAUACCUACUCUGCUUCACACAAACAUGCAGUUACAAGGAUUAAGGGAGAUUAAGAAAAGAUUUUAGGCGCCUGGGAAAGAUAUGUUCAUUUUUCAAAACAACUCCGUCUUUGCUGCUAGACAGCUCUAUUCACCCACUUGUCACUUUGCAAAAGAGACAUGGACCAAGUUAGCCUAUGGUUUUUGGAGUUGCUUUUUAAGCUCUACCCGUUCAGUGACCCCAGGAACAAACCCAGCCAGGCAUCAGAGAACGUGACUGCUCUCUCCCUCUGCCUCUCUCUGUCUGACUCUGUCUCUCUCUUCUCCAUCCCUCUCCCUGUCUCCAACCCGAGAGGCCCUUUCUGCCAGCGCCUGUGUGCCGUUGGCCAGGCUAAUCAGAGCACUGGACUGGACCAGAGCGGACUAGUUUGGGCCCUGGCCUCAAGUCAGAGGGAGGAUGCUGGAGAGGGCUGUGUGAGCGCGCUCUGUGGCCAUGGGUCCCCUGUGCGCUCCAGUCUCGGGGUCUGGGGGACACAACUCCCCACCACAGACACACACACACACACACACACACACACACACACACACACACACACACACACACACACACACACACUGACUGCCCAUCUUCCUGUCCACCGUCUGCCUGGAGUUUCUAUCUAGCCAAAAAAAAAAAAUAAACACCCCGGACUUGGAAACUGGUAGUGCAUCAAAAUUUGUUUUCUUUGUAGAUGCAUUUUCCUCCAUAUUUUCUUUGUCUCUCGUUUUUCUUGUUUACAUUUUUUUUUUUGUGUGUGUGUUUUGUAUUUUUGCCAUUACGCUAAUGUGUUCUCCUUUCUGCAAUCAUCAUUUGGUGCCCAAGUAGGCAUACCCACUGUUAUUAAUGCCAAGGCUUAAUCCUUCAUGGGGCGUCUUCUCGCCGAUUCAGGUGUUUGUCAUUUAUCUUUGUUAAUAUUUCCCCUGGAUGCCAGCUGGGCUCCGCCAGUCAGCUCUGAAAUUGGGCAUCGUGAGCGGCAGCGGCAGCGGCAGCCGUCGCCGCGGCUGCAUGAGAAUGUCUGGCGGCGCGCAGUUGCCUGGGUGACUCAGGCCUGAGAAAAAGUCUGCUAGACAAUGCAGACACUUUUUGUUUUUAGUUUUGCAGACCCCCCUUUGCCCCCCCCACACCACCACCAAAGAAAAAAAAAACUACCCCCACCCCAUCAUAGAGAAAGCUGAAAGGGGGGGAUGACUUUAUUUAAAACAAGGCCCCUUUUGUUUUAGCGCGCAAGAGGCUGGCGAUGCCGGGGUCUGUGGCAUGGCUGCAGGGUCCUGGAGCAGGGAUGUAAUUGGCCUAUUUAGGGUGUUUUGCAUGUGAAUGGCGGCCUAGUGAAGCAUCACUAAGUCUGUUGUGAGAGGCACAGUGAUUGGAAUUUAGAUUAGGGCAAACACUUUCUUGCACUUUAUCAACCACACUAAUUAGUUCACUCUCUGGAAGUUAACUUCGAGUAUCGAUAAAGUUUCAGGGGGCUUCAGCGUCGCUCUCGCGACUCACUCGCAACCCGACCGACCAGUAGAAUGUCUGGCAUCAACCUGUCACCUUUAUUUUGUUUUACUUAUUCUGGUUUUCUUUGUGUUUUUUUUUUGGAAAAGUUCUGAAGUAAACAAACAUGCCGUUGUAGUUGCUGAAUGAUUUAAUUUGAUGAUGACAAUUUUGUUAGCCAUGCAGCCUUUGGUCAGGGGAUGUGCUUGCUCUAGCCGAAUCUCAUGGGGGGAGAGAUGGGAAUGGUCAGCCCUGGAACAGUGUCACCCACCAAGCCAGGCUCCCAGUACUACCAGCACUACGGCAGCAACCCUCGCCGGAGACCCAUGCACAGCGACAACAUGGAGGUCCAGACAAAGAAAGUUCGGAAAGUUCCCCCUGGUUUACCCUCUUCAGUGUACGCCCCAUCUGCGAGCACGGCAGACUACAACCGUGACUCACCGGGGUACCCGGCCUCCAAACCCCCCGCCGGCUCCUUCCCCAGCUCCUUCUUCAUGCCCGACGGCCAUCACAGCACUGACCCAUGGAGCUCCUCCAGUGGCAUGAACCAGCCCGGCUACAGCGGCAUGCUGGGAAACUCUUCACACGGCUCCCAGAGCAGCAGCUACUGUGGCCUACACCCACACGAGAGGCUGAGCUACCCAUCACACUCCUCGGCCGACAUCAACUCCAGUCUUCCUCCCAUGUCCAGUUUCCACCGCAGCGGCGGGACCAAUCACUACAGCGCUGCUUCCUGCUCCGCCACCACAAACGGCACAGACAGCGUCAUGGCUAACCGGGCGCCGAGUGGGGCACCAAGCAGCUCCCAGACGGGUGACGCCCUUGGAAAGGCCCUGGCUUCGAUUUACUCCCCGGAUCACACAAACAACAGUUUCUCAUCCAACCCCUCCACCCCUGUAGGCUCUCCGCCCUCUCUCACAGUCCUCUCUCCUCCAGCCCCCAGCUCAGCGGUCUGGUCCAGGAACGGCGGACAGGGCCCAUCCUCUCCCAACUAUGAGGCUCCGCUGCACUCUCUGCAGAGCCGCAUUGAGGACCGGCUGGAGCGGCUGGACGACGCCAUCCACGUCCUGCGCAGUCACGCCGUGGGCCCCUCCCCCGCCAUGCCCAGUAGCCACGGCGACAUGCACAGCCUCAUCGGCCCCGCCCACAACGGAGCCAUGGGCGGCCUGGGCUCCGGCUACGGGACCGGCCUUCUCUCCGCCAACCGCCACGCCAUCAUGGUGGGCGCUCACCGUGAGGAUGGCGUGGGCUUGCGUGGCAGUCAUCCAAUUGUGCCAAACCAAGUGCCAGUCCCACAGCUGCCCGUCCAGUCGGCCACCUCGCCCGACCUGAGCCAGCCAGACCCCUACAGAGCUCUCUCCAGUGGUCUUCAGGGCCAGAGCGCCUCGUCCGUCAGCUCCGAGAUCAAGUCCGAGGACGAGGGCGAUGAGAACCUGCAGGACAGCAAGUCCGUGGACACCAAGAAGGAGGAUCCAGACAACAAGGACCUCAAGGGUCUAGAUAGGUCAAGAUCUAGUAAUAACGACGAUGAGGACCUGACCCCAGAGCAGAAGAUUGAGCGUGAGCGAGAGCGGAGGAUGGCCAACAACGCGCGCGAGCGUCUGCGUGUGCGCGACAUCAACGAGGCCUUUAAGGAGCUGGGCCGCAUGGUGCAGCUGCACCUGAAGAGCGACAAGCCCCAGACCAAGCUGCUCAUACUACACCAGGCCGUCGCCGUCAUACUAAGCCUGGAGCAGCAAGUCAGGGAGAGGAACCUGAACCCGAAGGCUGCGUGUCUGAAGAGGCGCGAGGAGGAGAAGGGCUCGUCGGACGGAGCCUCACUCUCGCUGGCCGGUGGCCACCACAGCAUGGGCGACGCCUCCAACCCUAUGGGACAAAUGUCCAAGCUGCCAGAGUUCAUCAAGGCGAUGACCGACCACUUCCUUUGACAACGUCACUUGAUUCCCACCAACCAAUCAGCCAACCAAUCAACCAGACCAUGAUUCAGCUCAGUAAUUCAGUCAACCAUCUGACCGACCAACUUUUUUUGUUUUUUCCUGACCUGUCUUAUGUCUUCUGUAGAAAUACUGGCAUAUGUACACUGGUGAAGGAAAGAAGAGACACAAGACCUUUUUCCUUUUCUGUUCUUUUCAGCAUUCCCAAUUUUAAAAGAAAAAAAAAAAGAAACGUACAUUUAAAAAAAAAAGUUAAAAAAAAGAAAAAAACAGGAUUAAAAGAAAAAGAAUAUGUGCGCGAAAAAUCGAUGGGGGACUCCUCAAAACAUAUCAUGAUGUUGUACCAACAUUGCAGGGCUGGUGCAGCCCUCAGACCGAACGGCAAUCUACUCCACACUGUGGGACCUGCGGUCGUGCCUGACUUCCUGUCGGACGUCGAAAACAAAAAGAGAUGAAUCGAGUCAAUCAAUCCCACUGGUCUUGAGGGGGCGGGAACAGAACGAGGGGGUUUCCAACUAAAACAAAACAGAAAAGUGAUUACAAUCUGUGGUAGAAAUUGAAAAAUCAUGUUGAAACUCGCAAUAAUGACAAAAAGUGUACUUCUAAAUUCAGAGCAGAUGAAUUUGAACGGGACAGUGUGUGAAGGCAACUGCAGCAUGGUUGUGCAGGAGAGAACAGGGGAAGUGAAGAUUAUGCUGCCCCUAUAGUGACUCCUAAGCCAGCACACACACAUCCACACACACACACAGAUACACACAUCCCAGAGCCCACAGCACAGCCACUGAACAGAGAGAGAGGGGGACUGCAGUGAGGAGAGGGGGAGGCCGUCAUCACAUCUUUCCGCUCCUAGUCCCAGCAAAGAGGACUGUGAAAGGGUGGAGCGAGCGAGAGAGAGAGAGGAGGAGAAGAAAGACGGGUUGAUUAGAAGGGAGCAGACGUUCGGUCAGGGGCAAGAAAGGUAACGGCUGGUCAGUGUGAACACGGGCAGGAGAGAAGCAGGAACCCAGUGGCUCCAUCACUCCCAUCACUCUGGCUGUUGACUUCUCCGUGUGUUUGGUUUUGUUUUCUGCCCUGGUCUAGCCGCUCACAGCUCCUGACCCCCACCCCCCCGCCCCCCCCCCCCAGUGUUCCCCUUUGACCCCUGACCCCUCAGCCAACCACCCCCCCCCCCCCCCCAGAGAUGCAACUAUGACAUGCUACACUUCUACCAAUGUGCCUUUUUAGAGUCCAUAUCAUCACACAGCGUGAGGAAGGAGGACCUUAUUGGGACUUUUUAGGAUGCAAGCUUAGGGAAAAAUCGUUUUAUUAGGUCAUUAGGUCUAUGCAGUCAGGUUUUUUACAGCCUGGGAUUUAAAAAAAAGGAAAAAGGAAAAAAAAGUAUUUUUUGGAUAAACUGUAUUUAAUGUACUGUAAUGCUUAUAUGUAAUUAGAAGGCGUGUCCCUGGAGAAUAACCUGUUUUGAGUGAGUUAUGCCCCUCCCCCCAGCCCCGCCCUCUCCAUGACCCCCCCCUCGGCCCCUUCCUCACCCCUCGCAGCUGGAUUUGUUUCCAUAGUGAGCGACACGUCUGUUAUUGAGCGUUGUAUUAUAGCUAUCAGCUUUUUAUCAAUAUGGGCUUGUCCGUGGGCCACUGUAGUCUUCAGUACAAAUGUGUGGUUGUAUGUGUAAAACUGAUUUUUUUUUUCUCUUUUUUUAAAAAAAAACUUUCUCUUAUUCUUUGUCUGUUCUGGUUUCUCUGUCGGGGAAGAAAAAAAAAAAAGGAGACCACACUUUUGCUGUGUCUCCCUCUGUGGUUUCGCUUAUCCAAUCAACACGAGGCACUGAAACUGGAAAAGAAUCUAUUAGAAAUCAAUAUAUAUAAAUGUAGAAAUAUAUACGAUAUUAUUGAAAAAAAGGUGUCAAUUUCGAGAGGAGAAAUUGUUGGGGGGGGAUGAAUUAUUUUCUCUAAUCGUCGGGUGGAGCUAUACGAGAAGCACUCCAGUGUUACUUUUUUUCUGAAAGUGACGUGAUGGCUGAAGCACGCUGACAUCAGUGACUGUGCGGGCAGAACUUUAGGGACCGGACAUCCAUCAGCACCACUCACUGCUACUCAGCUGUCAAAAGGACACACUGACAUUUGUAAAUUGUAUGCAACAAAUGCAAACCUACCAUAAUUUUGAAAUUGUGUAUGUAAAAGUUAUAUUUUUACAUGUAGACUGUUGUUAUUUUGUGUUUAGAACUAUGUUGUAUCAGUUCUUUUUUUCUUCUUUUGUUAAAAGAUGACAAAAGUAAUUCAGUGUGUUUUGAAAAAAAAUGUGUCACAUUGAAAAUGUAGUGAGGUCAAAUGCUUCAGAAUCUUCUUUUUUAUUGUUAUGUUUAUACUGUAUUUCCGGGAACAUUUGUUUGAGGGACUCUGGGAAUGGAAAAUGAAAAGGUAUAUAGUAUUUGUUUCAUGCUCCAUAGUCAUUACAUUGCCAUUUUUAAUUGUAUUUUGGAUAUAAAAAUGUAAAUAGUCAUAACAGGCAGGGGGGAAAUUGUCAUUUUUGUCGAGGGUGAUUACUUUCGGACAGCAGAGUGAGGGGAUGAACCGUUCUCUAGCUGCGCACCAUCUGUUGGUCCAAGGCAGGUGCCAAACACAGCGUCCAGUGGUGGCUGUCAGAUUCAGCCCCCAACUCUUCAGCUCUCCUAAAGCGCUGCCAUCAUGGGUCUGAAGCCUGGAACAGCUUUUUGUCAGAUGCCAUCAUUAGACUUGACCAACGCAGACCAACAGAAUCGCCUUCUGUUAUAUCAGUGUCAGACGAUUCUUAGUCUCUGAAGGAGAGAGUGUGAAGAAGUCCUUAUUUUCCCACGUUACUGCUGGGCUGAUAGUAGACAGUAUUUAGACCUUGAGAGGCAUGUCAUGCAGUGCGUUGUCACACAAUGGGCAAUCAAGGCAGCGCUUUUUGGCCACACUUUAUAUGAAUAGUCCACUUUAGACUAUGUACAGAUGCUCAGAUUAUCAACUGUUGACACUCUGUUAAUUCAAGUGUAUGAUUAAGGUUAGGGGUUGGGUUUGGUUCAGGUGAUGUUCAGUAAUUGUUCAACAACACUUUUACAUACUUUAAUUCAAGUGUAUGAUUAAGGUUAGGGGUUUGGUUUGGUUCAGGUGAUGUUCAGUAAUUGUUCAACAACACUUUUACAUACUGAACCUGAAUCUCAACAUGAUCUGUUAAGUCUUUGUGGGCGGACUAUCCAAGUAAAGUGAUGCCCAUUGUCUUUGCCAUUGGUUUGCCAUCCACAUAAGAAUUCCCUUAGUGUUAAACACUUCCGUCAGACGUUGCUUGUCUCAUUCCAUCACUCAUUUAAGAUUUUUUUCUCAUUACAGCCAGAAAGUAAGGCCAAAACAUUUCUUUUUUUUUUUUUUUUUUUAGGUUUGGUUGUGAAUAUUUCACCUUGCAUUUGAACCAGUUUGUCAUGUUGUGCUUUAGCAGUUGUUACAGCUUGCUUUGGGUUUGAGGCCAGGUUAUGUCUUGUCUCCAAAUGAGGGUUCUCUAUCGUGUAAAUCUCGUCAUGGCAAAUAUCUAGAGAUGCAGUAAAUGUCCCACACAGGCAGCAAAAUAUAGCUGAUAUUUGGUCAUUUAUCGAUGUGUUUUUCAGUGCACAUAAAGGAAUGGGGAAACAAUGCAUUUUAUAAGAAGUGGUUGUGUGUCAAAUUUGUUUUUUGCAAGAAGUGCUAAUUUUUGUAACUUGGAAAAAUAAUAAUAAACUGAACAAUCAUUGGAGCCCAAUUGCUUCCCAGCUGUGGGUUCACUUAUUAUGGGAAAUAAAUAAAAAAUCAAAGUGAAGAUUAGCUGGAUAUCUGUCACCCACUGCCAACCAUUAACAAAAACUCUUCUGACCCUUUCAGUGUCAUUAAACUGUGGAAACUCCAUCACUUGCUGUGAAUGGAGAAUAAUGAUUUACUCUAAGUUUUAAAUUACCAGUGUAAUUCAAAUGAUUGUCUUAAGCAGAGCCGAAAUAAACAGUAAUACACAAAGGCAAAUGACGGCAUAGCAGAACACACUGUUACUAAUUAAAAACCAGUUCCAUUUGUCUUCAGUCCUGCUAGAAUGAACAGGCACCUGUCAGUCAAGUUAAGUAUGCAAUUUGUGUAGUCUUCCAUAUAUAUUUAUUUCUUUUUUGUCUUUUUUGGCCCUGUUUAAUUUCCAUACUGUGUGUAGAUGUGGGGCUUGGAGAGGUCAAGAACAGAGGAGGAGAGGUGAAUAGUCCCGUUAAGGAAGUAGUCCCCCUACUCAGCCCUUGGAACAAGCACAAACUAAUCGGUAGAGCAGCUGACCGGAGGGUUUUACACCCAUCUUCAAACUGAUGAGGAAUUAAAGCAGGAGGCUCCACAGCUCUGAGGCUGACUUUAUUCUUCCUGAGUAGUCAUUCUCUCUCAUUCCUCUGUAUUUUUAAACAGCCAUCCUUGUGCAGUGGUUUUAAACAUGAUCAUUUCAGAGUAUUAUAGACAUAUGUAAUAGUGAAAAUAUAUGGACUGUGGCCUUUUUCAUUCUUGUUACUUGUGAUGCAAUUAAGUGAAGAAAAAUACAGUAAGCAGAGAAUUACCAUGUAUCAGUGCCUGGCUUUUUGUUAUAAGACUUCUUUUGUCUAGUGCCCUUUUGCUAUGGAAUAGACUAGCGCACCCUAUUCUAGAGAAAAGAAAAAAAAUGAAAGCUAAAUUUGAAAACAAAUUAUAUUUGGCUUAUUUUUUCCAGGGGCUAUCAUUUUAUACCAGGAAUAUUGAGUAAAUCAAUGUAAAACGGGAGUAAAUAAUGUCCAAUUCAAAAAUAUUCCACUUUGUAGGUUUUUGGAAUCAUUCGCAGUGAAACAGUUUGUUACUUUAUUUUACUAUUUAAAAAAGUUAUUUUAGCGUGUGUUACGAGACGAGACUGUACAGCGUAGUGGGCGGUGGCCCUCGGACUGAGGACAGAGGGAGACGUGGGUACCAUCCAAACCUGCAGCAGUGAUUCAGAGGAGAAAACUAAAACAAAAAAGAAAAAAGCGACAGUUACACUUUCUUUCCAGUGUGAGGCGAUGAGCCUCAAGCCUUUUCUUUUCAUGUAUUUUCAGUGUGUGUGUGUGUGCGUGUGUGUAUGCGUUCCUCUUUUGAUUUCAUUUGAUUUUUUUUUUUUUUUUUAAUUAUUGUUUCCAUUGGACUUUUUUAUUUUGUUUUUCAUUAUAAUUAUUAUAGUUGUUAUUAUUGUUAUUAUUAUGAUUACUUUUUCUGAUAAGUAGAAGUGUCCACACAGGUUUGUGUGCUGGAGUUUCUCUUCAAGCCAGCUUAUAUUAGGCCAUUGCCUGUUGUUUUUCAUCUUGUAGUUAUUCAAUGAAGUCAUGUACAUGACCGUUCUGUAGCAAUAAAUGUGCCAUUUUUAUAACCUA